UCCCUCGGCCGCUUCUCAUAGGACAUGUGCUCCCAGCCCUGCACCAGCUCCGCCGCCCUUCUCUGAACGCGGUCGGCGUUCUCCCCGGAGUGAGGCGCCCCGAAGCGGGCACAGUAGUCGUGGUGGCCUCAGGGGUGCCGAGCACAGGGGAGGAACCGCUUCCCUGGUCCUGCUGCCCACACUAUUUCUGGCACAACGGGUUUCUCUUUCCGGGGACACUCCCCAGGCCGGUGUCCGGCAGCGCGCAGCCGCCCGGGCCGCAGCGCCCGGAGAUGGCGGCGGAGCAGGAAGCGGGCGGGCGGCGCCAUGCCGGGCCCCGCUGCGGAGAUUUAAAAAUGUCUGAUCUGAAAAAUAUUAUACACAGAACCCAUUGCAUUGAAAAGCUGCUGUCUGAGAACAAUUUGCAAGAUGUUGAGGAUCAUCUUAAAGAACUUGAAGAUGUUGAUAUGACUGUAGAAUAUCUUCAGGGGACAGAAGUUACCAAGGCUGUAUAUAGAGUACUCAAAAGUUGCCCUUCAGGAGAGUUGAAAAAGAAAGCAAAGCAGUUAUUGUCAAGGUGGAAAGCAGUUUACAAGAAUAAUUGUGCUCAGUCAAUGCAAGUUAAAAAGCCAGUUUCUAUCUAUGUGAAAGAAGAAAUUGAGCAUCUCCAUGUAGUUCCCAGAGAGCAGUCACCAUCUGAAGGACCAUGUCAGCAGGAGGCAUUAGAUGGUACUAGUUCCAACAUUUUGGUCCCGUCACAAACUGUUAAAGAUGUGGUAUGUAACAGUGCAGAAGGCAGUAUGAAUCAGCAUUCUUCUUUUGAGGAGCAACACACCAUUCAUGAAGGUUCUAAAUCUGUUGCUAGUGAAGCAAGUCUACAGCAGGAUCUGAUUAGAGCUCUGAGGUGUAAAUGUGUGGAUCUUCUUUAUAAAGCUUUGAUUGGUUCUGCCAAAGAAGAAACUGUUAAAUGGCUAGAGCUAGCUAAAGAAAUUGAAGAAAGUAUUUUUGCUCUUCAUGGUAAAAAUGAUAAAAAGUACAAAAAUUGCAUCAGAAGUAAAAUCUCUAACCUUAAGAACCCUAAAAGUUGCCACUUGAAACAGAAUCUUCUUUCAGGAACUUUGAGCCCAAAGGCUUUUGCUGAGAUGACAGUGAUGGAAAUGGCCAGUGAUGAACUGAAACAGCUCAGGGCUCUGUACACAAAAUCAUCUGUUCAGGAACAUCAGCUUCCUCAGGUUAUUAAUGGCACACAGACAAACAAAAUAAAGUGCAGACGCUGUGAAAAAUUUGAUUGCACUGUCACUAUGAUUGCCAGAGGAACUCUCUUUCUUCCAGCCUGGGUGCGAAACACAAAUCCAGAUGAACAAAUGUUGACCUAUGUUAUUUGUAAUGAGUGUGGAGAGCAGUGGUAUCACAGCAGAUGGAUUUGUUUGUAAUGUUACCCUUCUUUAGUAAGGAGCUUGGAAACGUGUAUGAGAAUGUACCUCUGUUGAAACAGUAAUUUUAAAUUCUGUGCUGGUAUUAUGUGGGUGCUGCCACUAAAAACUGCAAAAUCAGUUUUUAAAAAAACUGCUAAUAUGUUUUUAAAGAUGGCUUGAAUUAAUCUUUAAGUAAUGCAAAUAUGUAAAGAAAUAAAAGGGUAAAGGGGAAAAUGGUUACACUGUAUCUGAGUGGAAUAUUUGCUAGUAAAUUCAUUAAAAUUAUUCCAAAUGCUGAGAUUUUUCCUGAAGGGACUGGAUACUUCAAAUUUUUUUUUAACUUCAGGAGUUCUUUCACAGAGCAUAAGUUUUUCAUUUACAGUAAACAAACUGUUUCCAAAACUGCAGUUGACAUACUUGUGUGCAUUGCAGAAUGUUCAGAGAGGAUUCACUCCUUAAUUAAAUCACUUUUUUUGCAAGUGUUAGUGGUGAUUUCUAACAUGGGAAAAAAGAAACUAAAAGUAGAGCUUUAAAGGGGGUAGAAAGCAGCUAGCAAAUGAAAGCAAGAAUUAAAUUCUGCUUUAGUCUUUUUAGCUAUUAGAAGGAAAACAGGACAUGUGACAGUCUAUCAAUAUGCAGGCUAGAUUUACAAUGUAAGAUGGUAUGUCCUGCUGCAAAUAAAUUAAUGCAGGAUCAGACAGUGGAUUAUUUCAGAAAAUUAUGUAAAUAUAUUAUUGGAUUUGUUUAUUUAAUAAAAUUAGUGGUAGUUAAUAACUUUCUUGAGUGGAUAUCCUCUCUGGAAUAUCUGUUCUGAACUGAGAAAAUUAAUGUUUUAUAUAGCGCACAUUAGCCAUAAAAAAUGAAUAGAAGGAAAUUCAGUAACAGAAGUUUUUGUACAUAUUUUUGUUCCAGAGUCAAGAGGAUUCUCACUGAUUGUUUACUAGAAGUAUUUAUUUUAAAAAAAAAUUCUUCUCACUAAAAUAAGAGGCCUGUGUCUUUUGCAAAUGCCCAACAGGCAUUUAGCACUUCAAGGUUAAAAGGUAUCAGCAGAGCAGAGAAACCUGCUGAGUAUUUGCUGGAGGAAUUGAGGACAGUUCUGCACCCAUCUGACUGUGACACAGCUGAGGCUGGUCAGCUCUUUUGGGCUGAGCUGCAUGACCUCUCAGAAAAAGGAGUUGGAGGUAUGAGAUGAGAAAAUAGGUAUUGGUGAGCUAAUUGCCAGCCAGGACUUAAAGACAGGCCUUUAUUUGUAUAUGGAGAAAAUUAUGUGUAACCUGAUUUUGCAGAGACACUUAAACUAUUCUACUGAAAAAAAAAAAAAAAAAGAAGAAAAAUCUUUCCAAUCUGUGAAGGGUUAACAAUUACCUUUCAGCAGCAUUACUUAGAUUUUUAUCAUGUUAAAAUGUGUGUUUUAGGGAAAUUGCUGAUGUAAAAUACACAUUAAAGCUUUAGGCCAGACCCCCAGUGUUCAGCUGUGUAACCAAGGAGUUGCUAUCUGGCCUUCCUUCCCAGCCCUUAUUUGUGUGCUGGAAUUGAUGCUUACAAGUAGUUCCACCUAAGUGGCAGUGCUUUUGUGUAAAGUAUUAUUGUUAGCUUUCAAUGAAACUACAGGAAAGCAAACAAUCCUGUGUCAGUGGAUCACAGCAAGCACAGGAUUGUGUGCAGUCAUUUUGAAGGUCAUGAUCCUGUUGAGGAGUUGUGCCAGCAUUGUGCUGUGUCAGAACACCAUGUAGCAGAAGACUUUAUUUUAGCUAUGAACAACUUAUAAAUAAUUUCUGCCUGCAGUUGGUUUGAAGCCAUUCCAGUAAUGUAGAGCUCAUCCAAGUUUUAUCUUGGCAAAGGGAAAUAUUGCAAGGCAUGGAGGGUGUUUCUGACAGAAUAUAUUUCAAGGGUAAAAUUUGUGUCUGUAUCAUUGACUAUGUUUGUGACAUAAUAUAUAACAUAAUUUUUUUUUUUAACUGCCCAUCACUAAAUGUGUAACUGUGUAGCCUUAAAAUAUUUGACUUGCUAAGAUUAUAUGCUUUGUCUCAAAAUGUCUUCAAGAAGCCAAUUUGCAACUAGGUAGUGUGUACAGCAGCAGGAGGGUGUAGAUCACUUGAGCACAGGGAGUAGAGUCCAGAAACAAAAAAAAAAGCUUUGAAAAGUGAGAUUCUUUUAUAUUGUUGAAGUCUUUUUUUUCCAGUUCAUUCCAGGUGAGAGAAAGAUCUCUGAACUUUUUUAAGCAGAGACAAUUAAUUUGGGUAUGAUGUUUAGGAUGUCCAUGCUGCUUCUCCUAGAAGGAAUGUGUCAUUAGAGGUGAUACCCACAAACAUAGGACAAAUACAUGCUGAACAAGGUCAAAGUCUGUAUUUGUCUCCAUGGGGUUUUACAGAGAUGCUGUAAAUUCAACUCCUUCUUGAAUCCUGUGAUCUAACAGCAGCAAUAAGGUCUUAAACAUAAAUUGCCCUCAAAGAUCAAGCAGUCUGGAGCUGCAGAACUUGUGAUACAUAUCUUAAGAAGAUGAGAGCUGAAUUAACAAUGAAAUUCAGUGUAAAAACAAAGAUACUAUUCUAUGUCUGAA